UCACUUUGCAGGCUCUGCCCUCCUCCUCUUCUCUCUGGUUUCUGCAGUACGUUCUCUGUGUUCAACUACAUGAACUAACAAUGCACAGACUUUAAUUUUAUUCCACUGAUCAAUCAUGCCUUUGGUGAACUUGUCUGGAUCAAAGGGGAGGCUUGUGCUUAGCGUUCUCCUUUUUUGUGCCGUAAUCUUCGAGUUAGCUCAUUGUCAAAAAGACGCCCAAGAACAGAGGACUACUCCAGGGAGGAAGCCCAAGCCAAGCCAUCCCAAACUUGGGAAAUCAACAAAUAAAGGGCCCAGAGCUGUACCAGCCAAACCCAAAAUCAAAGCUACGUCUGCACGGACCUUCCUCACACAGGUGUUUAACAAAGGGAAGUUUAAGAAGGUGGGAGAAACUAUAAGUGUGCAGACAGGAGACACUCUGGAACUGAGGUGCAGGGGCAAACCUGUGCAGUGGAGCGUCCCCACGUACCUGGAGGAGGAUGAUGACGGGAGGCUCAGGACUGUGCAACAUGAGCGCUAUGGCCUUCUGACAUUAGUCAACACUACUGGUGCGGACACAGGGGAAUACAGCUGUUACCCUAUGUACUGUGAAGACACAGACUGCAGGAAGGAGUAUGACAAAGCUGUAAAAGUCUUCGUCUUCUUUCCCGACCCACAGGAGCUAUUUGUUCCGUCGUCUGAAUACUACAAGGUGAUUCAGCUGAGAACCAACUGGCCGACGCUCCUCCCCUGCCAGGUGACGUCGCCUGAGGCUAAAGUGACUCUGCACCGCGAGUUUCCACCAGCGGAGGUGGCGGUGGACGGGACUGAGAUCUCCUUUAACGUCAAGAGGGGCUUCACCAUUCAUCGACCCCGGCCUUAUCAUGCUGGACCUUUGUACUGUGUCGCCAGCCUGGGCAACCUGAGGCAGAGCUCCACCAAGUACAUGCUCAUCUAUGUUAACUACCCCAUGGCUCCUCCUGCUCCAGUGAUCCAGGCCUCGUCAGGCUCGGUGACUGUGGGGGGGGAUCUGCGUGUCACCUGCUCUGCGGCGGGGGAACAGGACGUGCUCGUAGAGUUCAACUGGGAAUACCCAGGACAGCAGAUCGGGAGGCCUCUGAACACACAGGAGAGCAUCACUCCAGUCGUCGGAGGCGCGGCUCGACAGCAGUCUCAGUCUGUCCUCCUGGUGGAAGAGGUGAGGGACGUGGACCAGGGAACAUACACCUGCACCGCCCACAACCUGCUAGGAGCCACAUCUGUGUCCACCACUGUUGCAGUGGUCCCCAAAGCCAAACCUAAGAAACCAUGAAUCAUCAAAACUGGAUGAUAUCACUGGAGUGGUGGAGAUCAGGUGCAACACCGUCACAGUAUUAAACAGUAUUUUAUCAGUCACAUAUGAAAAUAUAAAAAUAACAAAAGAUCUUCUUCUGUAGCUAUGAGUAGUGGAAACACACUGCAGCAUCACAAUGAUAACAGAGAUGAUGUUUAGAUGAAUGUAUGUGAAUUGUUGUGCAUUAGAUUUGUGUAUUCAAAGCUUUAUUGUUGCCUGUCUUUUUCUAUGUAUCUCUUAUUGUGCAUGCCCCCGCCUAACAUGAGGGCAUAGAAAAUAAAAUAAACUGUUGUGAUGAUAUUA